AUGGUCGAAGAUGAAACUGAUCUCCUUCACGGUAACACAAUGAACAUGCCCAUAACCCCUUACUGUAGUAGAGCAUUAACCCUAGAUCCCUUGGAAGGGUUUACCCCGGAGGAGCUAGAGAUAACAGCCAAGGUCAUGCGGGCUAUGUCUAAGAAAAGAAAGGAAGCCGAGUUAGCGGCAGGGGGAAUGCGGGAUGAGGUACCGACAAAGCCUCUGAUAGUGAACUUGGAGACUUCGGAUUGGUUCUCCAAUUUAGAGCCGGGAUCAAUUGACUGCUUUGAGACCCUGGUGGAGUUGUUCACAUGUCAAUACAUAAGUAAUAGUGCAAGACAAAGGACAUCUGGCGAGCUCAUGGCUAUUCAGCAACGAAAGGAUGAGUCGCUCAGAGAUUUCAUUAGACGCUUCAACAACGAGGCUAACACUAUACCAAAAUUGCAGCAAGAAAUUACCGUGAUGGCAUUGAUGAAUGGGCUAGGUGACAACGACUUCAAAAAAUAUAUGUCGCGGAAGCCUUUCCCAAACUUAGGGGUACCAUUUUCCAAAGCUCAUGAAUACAUAAAAAGUGAAGAGCUGUUGAAAACGAGCCGUCAGAUAUCGUCGGCAGAGCCCUCCAGAAGGCAAAGUGAUAAUAGCAUGAAUUCUCAGAUGGGUGGGGUAAGCAGGCCGCUGCCGCAAGGCCAGCAGAGAUCCGGAAGGCCGACAAGGGGAUUGGGUGGUUAUAGUAGUUACACGCAGUUAAACACCCCGAGAGCGGCAAUAUAUUCAGUAAACCAGAAUAGAAAAGAUUGGAGUCGACCGGCACCGAUGAUAACGAAGGGCCGGGACGUGAAGAAAUAUUGCAUGUUUCAUAGAGAUGUUGGUCAUUACACUGAAGAAUGUGUUCAGUUAAAAGAGAACAUUGAAGAUCUCAUAAGGAAGGGGCGAUUAUCCCAGUAUCGUACCCAGGCAUGUCCCAACCGAUAG